GUCUCAAUUGUACCAUACCCUGAAACCAGGAACAGCCAUUUGGGAACUCAAUUCUUAGAUGCUUCUCCGUUUCUCCCGUCCUGCUCUCCACACCAUGGAGCGUGCCGUCACGUGCGUCACUCAGCUCCCUCAUUUCUCUCCCGCAUUCAACAGCGCCAUCUCUAGUCGCGUCUCUCUGUUCUUGAAAUCCCCGCGUUUUGGCUUCAGUUUUCAUGCGCUCACUCAGUGCCGGACCGAAGGUAGGCACCGCCUUGUGGCAGGAGUUCGCUCCGAAAGCAAGGAAUAUCGGAAGGUGAGGCGAAGAGCGUCCAAGAACAAAGAGAAGGAGAAAGAGUUGCAACUCCGCGUGGAAAUUUGCCUCGAAGAAGAUUUGCCUGACGAUCCCGAAAUCUUGAGCAUUGCAGAAUUGCUUCGGCUAAAUGUUCCAAUGGCAAUGAAACUGGCUUUUGAUGGUUUGAAAGGUUCCGGUUAUAAAACUCGAGACACUGCUAUAAGUGAUGUUGGUGGGUUUGAUAGUGUUGAGUUAUCGAUACUUCUUUGCAAUGAUGAGUUUAUUCGAAAACUUAAUAAGGAAUGGAGAGAUGAAGACCAUGCCACAGAUGUUCUCUCAAUGUCAAGUCAUAUACCUGAGCUCAAGAUUCCUAUUCUCAUGUUGGGUGAUAUUGUAAUUUCUGUUGAGACAGCUGCAAGACAAGCAGAGGAAAGAGGACAUACUCUUCUUGAUGAGAUCCGAAUCCUUAUGGUUCAUGGCUUGUUACAUCUUUUGGGAUUUGAUCAUGAAAUAAGUGAAGAGGCUGAAGUAGAAAUGGAGAGAGAGGAGGAAAUCCUUCUGAAGAGUCUUGAUUGGAAAGGAAAAGGGCUAAUAAAGAGUGCAUGUGAUGCUGAAACAAAUUCAAAUUUAAAUUUUCAUCAAAACAGUUCAGAUGAUGAAUUGUCAAAAGACAGGAAGAAAGAAGGAAGUCUUAGAUUUUACAAACCAAAGUUCAGAUAUAUCUUCUGUGACAUGGAUGGAACAUUGUUGAACAGCAAAAGUCAAAUUUCUUCUACAACUGUCAAUGCUUUGAGAGAGGCAUCAUCAAGAGGGGUGAAAAUUGUGAUAGCUACCGGAAAAGCUCGUCCAGCUGUGAUAGACAUUUUUAAAACGGUUGAUUUAGCUGGAAAAGAUGGCAUUGUUUCAGAAUUUUCUCCUGGGGUUUUCUUACAGGGUUUGCUUGUUUAUGGCAGACAAGGUCAGGAAAUAUUUAGGAGCAACUUAGAUCCAAAUGUCUGUAAAGAGGCAUGUCUUUACUCUUUGGAGAGUAAGGUACCCCUUAUUGCAUUUUGUGAAGGGCGGUGCUUAACCCUAUUUCAUGAUCCGCUUGUUGAUUCACUGCAUACAAUAUACCAUGAACCAAAGGCUGAGGUCAUGCCUUCUGUUGAACAUCUAUUGGCUUCUGCUGAGAUUCAGAAAAUGAUUUUCUUAGACACGGCGGAGAAGGUGGCUGAGACCUUGCGACCAUACUGGUCAGAUGCAACGAAAGGUCGUGCCACUGUUGUUCAAGCUGUGCCUGACAUGCUGGAAAUUGUACCGUUGGGAACAUCAAAAGGGAAUGGAGUAAAAGUGCUGCUCGAUCAUUUGGGGGUUACUGCUAAGGAGAUAAUGGCUAUUGGUGAUGGGGAAAAUGACAUGGAGAUGCUUGAUCUGGCCUCUCUAGGCAUCGCACUUAGUAACGGAUCAGAAAAGACCAAAGCUGUGGCUAACGUGAUUGGUUUAAGCAAUGAUGAAGAUGGUGUAGCAGAUGCCAUCUAUCGAUAUGCAUUCUAAGCCCUGAUUAUUUAUUUUUUCCCAUUUAUUUUCUUUCACAAAAUUGUUGAAGUUGAGGAAAGUAUACGAUGUCAUUGUUUAUCUCAAUCAUUACAAUAAUUUGCACUAAUAUUUCUUUAUUAAGGUUUCACAGGGUUGAUGCCCAAAGUAUGUUAUCUUUGCUUACUCUUGUAGAAUAGGAUUUAUGAAGGAAAAUCCAGUCUGUUAAUGUGAAUAAUUUAAUGAAUCUUAUUUGGGUUAUGUGAAUUUGCCGUGGAAAUAAUAAUCUGUGUGGGUCGUGGCAUUUUUGUUGA